AUGUCUACUGCCUCAAAACAUAUCUCACAAGAAAAAUCGAACUUCACCUCAUUUAAACCACACUACUACGAUGUUGGCAUGAAUUUGUCGGAUGAAAUGUUCAAGGGCAUCUACAGAGACAAGCAAAUACACAAGCCGGAUCUCGGAGAUGUUCUCAAAAGAGCGAAAUUCUGCAAUGUUACCAAAAUGCUUCUUACAGGAUCCUCAUUGGAUGAAUCUCGGUGGACUUUGGGGCAGGCCAAAAAGUACAAUGAUGAGCAAUUGGAGGACGAGAACGGCAACAGGCUCUAUCCAGAACUUGUGUGCACAGUUGGGGUCCAUCCGUGCACCGUUCUGGAGUUUGAUUCUGACCCGGAUGGCCACAUUUCUUUGUUGAAAAGCUUAAUUCGAGAGUACGAACCAACCGGACUCGUUAGAGCCUUUGGAGAGAUCGGAUUGGACUAUGACCGACUUCAUUACGCUUCGGCCGAGAAGCAGAAGCUGUAUUUUGAGAUGCAGUUGAAGCUGGCGGCUGAAUUCGACAUGCCGCUUUUUUUGCAUAUGCGAAAUGCAUGUGAUGACUUUCUACAGAUAUUGGUUCCUUUUGUGGACGGAACGCGGCAAGAUGGUAUCCGGCUCAAGAAUAAGAACUGUCUUGUGCACUCGUUUUCAGGUUCGGAGACAGAUCUCCGUAAAAUUCUUGCUCACAAAUCUUUUUGGGUGUCUGUUAACGGCUGCUCUUUGAAAACAGAAGAAAACUGCAAGACGGCAGCACAAAUUCCACUCGAUAGACUCUUAAUCGAGACGGAUGCCCCAUGGUGCGAAAUCAAAAAGACACAUGCCUCAUACAAGCAUCUAACUAGGUGUCCGACGGUUUUCUAUCCAAUGGAGUACAAUUCGCAAAAUGUAAGAAUUGGGCGUAGUCAGCCCGGAAAGCUUCAUCCAUUUUUGCCUAUUCCGGUUGUCAAGCCACACAAUCUGGACAAUUUUGCUUUGCGGGACUCGUUUGUUCAGCCACCGCUAGUUAAAGCGAGAAAUGAACCAUGUAUGGUGGGAUUUGUGGCUGAGGUGAUGGCUAAACUUAAGCAUUGCGAUCCCCAGACGCUAAUUGAAAAAUGCUAUGAUAACAGUUUACGGUUAUUUGGAUAA